AUGCCUUCCCGCCUCCCUCCCCCUCCUCCUCCUCCGCCCCCUCUGACCGCCGCCGCCGCCGCGCCCGCCGCCCGCCACCACCGCGGCAUCCACCCGCUCCUCCCCGCCGCCGCCCUCGCCGGCGCCGCGUCCCUCUCCCUCGUCCUCCUCUUCCUCGCCCUCCUCCUCUCCGUCUUCCUCUACCGCAGGCUCUCCCGCGCCCGCACCGCCCCCGCCGACUCCAAGUCCCCCCACCGCCACCACCACCGCAGCCAGCAGCAGCAGCAGCAGCAGCAGGAGGACCACCUCCUCCGCCGCUUCUCCUACUCCCUCCUCCGCCGCUCCACCUCCUCCUUCUCCCCCUCGUCCCUCCUCGGCCACGGCGCCUUCGGGUCCGUCCACAAGGCCCUCCUCCCCUGCCACCCCUCCCCCCUCGCCGUCAAGCUCAUGUCGUCGCCGUCCCCCUCCCCGUCCCCCUCCGCCGCCGCCGCCUCCGACCGCGAGUUCCGCAACGAGCUCUCCCUCGCCCCGGUCCUCAACGGCUCGCCCCACAUUGUCUCCAUCCACGGCUACUCCACCAACCGCCGAGGUAACAGGCUCUUGCUCGUCUACGAGUUCAUGCAAAAUCGGAGCUUGCAAGAUGCUCUCUUCGACAAGAAGUGCGCCGAGCUCGCCGAGUGGCGCCGGCGGUUCGACAUCGCGGCCGACGUCGCGAGGGGGCUCGAGUAUCUGCACCACUGUUGCGAUCCCCCGGUGAUUCACGGGGACAUCAAGCCCAGCAACGUGUUGCUGGAUUCGGAGUUUAGGGCAAAGAUUGGGGAUUUCGGGCUUGCUCGGCUGAAGACCGAGGAAAUCAUGGAGGAGGGUGAUAAUGUGGAUGGGGUUGAGAAUGGGACGGUGAUGAUCGUCGAGGAGGAUAACAAUGGAUCCAUCUUGGAGGAGUCGGAGAGUGUCGCGACCGGCUGCGACGAGGGCAGCAGCCGGUGCUGCGCGGAGCGGUCGCCCGAGAGCUGCGUGAUCAGGGUCUUGGAUUCGGAGGAGUCUCCAGGGGCGGCUGCGGCGUCGCCGGAGAUGGGAAUGGAAAGAGGGAGUGUGUCCGAGGGGUGUUUCGACGGGACUAGCAUAGAGAGCGGUAAGGAUGCGCAUCGAGCGAAUGCCGGCGGGGGGGCCGAGAAGAAGUGGAAUUCGAGGAGCAAUUGGUGGUGGAGGCAAGACAAUGUAGGAGGGUCCGAGUCGGGGAGAGUGAAAGAUUAUGUCAUGGAGUGGAUCGGCAGCGAGAUUAGGAAGGAAAGACCCAAGAGCGAUUGGGUUUCGUCGUCGCCCGAUCCGGUAAAAGAUGAGGGGUCGAGCAGGAAGCUCAAGCCGCCCAGGAAGCAGAGGAAAAGGUGGGAAUGGUGGGCCUCGUUGGACGAGGAGAGAUCGCCGAAGAAGGAAAAGAAGCAGAAGCCGAAGGAGUGGUGGAGGGAGGAGUUCUGCGACGAGCUCUCCAAGAAGACGAAGAAGAGGCGUGGGCAUUGUUCGAGCGGCGACGGAGGGGAAAUGUGGUGGCAGAAGGAUGACGACUCGGCCGCGCAGGAGAGGAAGAAGAGGAAGAGUAGGAGCAGCAUGGAUUGGUGGAUGGACGGAUUGAGUGGAGAGCUGAGAAACGGGAGGAGGAAUAGCCAGGAAUGGUCCUGCACGAGCGCCGGCGACAUAAUACCGAAGAGCGGCGGUGUUAGUAGCACACCGAGUAUGAGGGGGACUGUUUGCUACAUUGCCCCCGAGUACGGCGGCGGCGGGCAAUUGUCGGAGAAGUGCGACGUGUAUAGCUACGGCGUCUUGCUUCUGGUCCUAGUCUCGGGGAGGAGGCCGCUGCAAGUGACCGCCUCUCCGAUGGCAGAGUUCGAGAGAGCCAAUUUGAUUUCUUGGGCAAGGCAAUUGGCUCAAAACGGGAGGCUCUUGGAUCUUCUCGACAGCUCCAUACACUCGCUGAACACGGAACAGGCGUUGCUCUGCAUCACCAUCGCCCUCCUCUGCCUACAGCGGUCGCCGACCAAGCGACCGAACAUGGCGGAGGUCGUGGGGAUGCUCUCUGGCGAAGCCGAGCCGCCCCACCUGCCGUUCGAGUUCUCCCCGUCGCCGCCGUCCAAUUUCCAGUUCAAGUCCCGAAAGAAGGCCUGGUGAGAGCUUUUCGAUCGGAAUCCUAGAAUUCGAUCCAUAGUUUGGUUUCCACUGACUGACUGUAGUCUAGAGUGUAAAAUGGUCGCUGGGUUUCAGCAAUUGUUGUCAUUUGUAGAUGCAUGAUGCAACCAAAGAUUUGAAGGAAAAAUUGACAACGAAGGCUUCUUAGGCA